GUUCGUACGCCGGUAACCAAUAUGGCACGUACGUCUUUUUUUCAUGUGAAAAGGGGGAAUGUAUGGAUUUGCGCCGUAACUCGACAAAAUGUUAACGCGGCCAUGGUGUUUGAGGAUGCGACUGCACCUGUGACAAAAGAGGAGCAGUCACAAAUUACGUCCCAAGUAACUGGUCAAAUAGGAUGGCGUCGAGAAGGCAUCAAAUAUCGACGAAAUGAAUUGUUCCUCGACGUCAUUGAAUACGUGAAUCUCCUCAUGAGCCAACAAGGUCAAGUGCUCUCCGCUCAUGUUGCUGGUAAAGUUGCGAUGAAAUCAUAUCUAAGUGGAAUGCCAGAAUGUAAAUUUGGCAUUAACGACAAGAUCACUAUUGAUGGGAAAGGGAAAGGCCCAAGUGAUGAUCCUAACAAAGCCGCUCGAGCCUCUGUUGCCAUAGAUGACUGUCAGUUCCAUCAGUGCGUCAAGCUUACGAAAUUUGAUACGGAGCAUGCUAUCUCGUUUAUUCCUCCGGAUGGAGAGUAUGAACUAAUGAGCUUAUCUAAUGAAUAUUGA